CCAACUCUUCUCCCUCACAACUCACAAGUCAUAACACUCCCUUCUAUUCUUCUCCGCAUAAACCAUUCUGUUUCAGCUGUGAGGGUUCGGUGCUAACUGUGGGGUCCAUCUUAACGUGCGCCGCUCUGGCUCGUCAGAUGUCGCCGCCGGCCUCGAGUCUCUUGUGAUAACCAUUUCCCGGUACAGGUGGUGGUGCGCUUAGUCAGGUAGAGAUAUCAGAGAGAGUAUUGAUCGGACGGUUAAGAGUCAGAGAGAAAAUGGACGGUCAGAAAAGCCAGGCGAAGCUUACGAGGACCCAGUCGUCGCUCCUCCGGUCCUCCCCUACUAUCCGAUCCUCCAUUCACAGCCUCCACAGCAUGUCCUCCCUCACCGAGGAUGACGUCACCUCCGGUAACUACCACCACCACCACAGCCAGUACGACGGCGACGAGGAGGAGCAGAAGCCGAAGACCAAGUCGCUGCUGCUCCCGAUUCCGCGGCUGUCCGGGUCGACUCCGCGGGCGGGCGGGUCGACCCGGUCCGGGAACAGCGGGCAGUUGACGGCCGUGGCCUCGGUCGUUAUCUUCACCUUCUUCGGAUUCUUCUUCUUCUACUACCUCCGCCGGGACGAGAUUCCGACGUCGGAGAAUCUCCUGCUGGCGCUGGUGUUCGUGGCCGUCACGCUUUUCUUGGCGAACAAGAACAAGUCGCUGAUCCACCACAGCGUCGCGGUCAUGAAGCACUCGUGGGACGACAAGUCCAAGCGCUUCCGAAUCUGCCGGGCCGCCCAACAAAGCGCGAAGCCCGUGCAGUGGUUCAUCGGGUCGGACCCGAACCCGAACCCGAAGACACGCAAGGAGCACCGGAUAAUCCGGGAGGGCGUGGAGUUCUACAGCAAUGGCGAUUUCUACGAGGGGGAGUUCCACAAGGGGAAGAGCAACGGCAGCGGGGUUUAUAACUACUUUGUCAACGGCCGUUACGAGGGUGAUUGGAUCGAUGCCAAGUAUGAUGGGUACGGAAUUGAGAGCUGGGCGAGGGGGAGUAGGUACAAGGGUCAGUAUACGCAAGGAUCGAGGCAUGGUUAUGGGGUUUAUAGAUUUUACACAGGUGAUUCUUACUCCGGGGAGUGGUGUAAUGGGCAGAGCCAUGGCGUUGGAGUUCAGACUUGCUCUGAUGGCAGCUGUUAUGCUGGGGAGUUCAAGUAUGGGGCCAAGCAUGGACUUGGCUGCUACCAUUUUAGAAAUGGAGAUAGGUACGCAGGGGAGUAUUUCGGUGACAAAAUCCAUGGAUUUGGUAUCUAUCACUUUGCUAAUGGCCAUUGUUACGAGGGGUCAUGGCAUGAGGGCCGGAAGCAAGGCUACGGCGUUUAUAUUUUCAGGAGUGGCGAUACAAGAUGUGGCGUAUGGGAUGGUGGCACCCUCAAGCACCCUCUCGUGCCACUGAACGAUGCAGUUGUACGAGCUGUUCAGGCUGCUAGAAGAGCAGCACAGAAUGCUGCUAAUCUGCGGCAGGUGGAUGAUCAGGUGAACAAGGCGGUCAUGGCUUCAAAUAGAGCUGCCACUGCCGCCAGAGUUGCUGCUGUCAAAGCCGUUCAAAACCGAAUGGAUGGCAAGUUUUGUGAUACAAAUGUCUGAAAGACUAGUAUUUU